AUGCGCGGGGGGGCGGGGCGUGGUUGGAUUUUUGGCGGGUGCCGGGGAGCGCGGGGCCAGCGUGCUGAUGCUGAUGUUAGCUCUACUAGAUUCUCAUCAAGAGCCACUGAAGAAUGGUGGUAUAGGGACAGACCGUGGGUCCAUCCAGCCCAGUAUCUGGUCUCCAGUAGCGCUGAGAAUUAGUAGCUGUAACGUUAUGAAGAAUAGAAAAGCAGGAGAAUAUUUUUCCCUGAGGGACUCUUGAAGAAAUUCUGGUGAAAUCAUGGAUGCUGAUGAUGACUUGGAUCUGUUAGCCUCCCUCCUGGAAGAAAGCGAGGCAGCCGAGAAGGAGAAUUCUCCUGAGGAGGAAGAUGUCCCAGAGGAUGAGGGAGGAGAACCAGAUGAAUACGACGAGCUCUUCGAUGCAGAGGAUGAUGCAUCCUACACUGAGGAGGUUGAUGCUGAGGAUAGCCUGGUUGAUGAGCAGAAGGAGAAUUUGGCUACAUUGUUUGGAGAUGUGGAUGACCUGCUGGAAGAGGAGGAGGAGGAAGAAACUGUCCCCACUUCAGCUCCUAGUCAGGCCAAAGAGAAAACCAACGAAGAAUUACAAGCUGAGCUGAGAAAAUUGCAAGAACAGAUGAAGACGUUACAGGAGCAGUUGCAAAAGGCUGCUAUUGGGCAGCCAUCCAGUUCAGAGCCUGAGAAGAAAACCCCUGGUGAAUCACUCUGUCAUCCCUUAAAGGAAAGGAAAGUUCAGAAGCUGCAGGAGUCACCGUAUUUCUCGGCCCAGCUGGGCAGUCCUUUACCAGCAGCCAAGCGACGAAUCCAGAAAUCAAAAACGUCCCCAGCAGAGACCAAAACUCCUCCUCCACGGCAAGUUCUCAGUUUGGCAUUCCAGCCUCUCAAGUCUGCCCCAGGGAACACACCCAGUAAAGUGACCAGAGACAAGACUCCUCAGGUGCCUGCGUGCUCCAGCACAACAGCUCAGCCAGUAUCUGUGGAAACCUUCUCUGGACUGAGAUUAAGAAAACCCCGGGUUUCCUCAGCUGAAAUGGACAGGAAAAUGGCUAACCGGAAGCUGAUCAGACUGUCCCAAAUAAAGAGCAAACUUGCUGGAGAAAAUCUGGAGGAAACAGACUGGGUAACAUUUGGAGUCAUAGUAAAGAAGGUCACUCCUCAGAGCUCAAAUAAUGGCAGAACCUUCAGUAUUUGGCGGCUGAACGACCUACGGGAUCUCAAUCAGUGUGUCUCACUGUUCUUGUUUGGUGAUGUCCACAAAGAGCACUGGAAGACCGACCAAGGCACAGUCAUUGGGUUGCUCAAUGCUAACUUUAUGAAACCUAAAGAGGGCUCAGAUGAGGUGUGUUUGUCUGUUGACCAUCCCCAAAAGAUCCUUCUCAUGGGUGAAGCCCUGGACAUGGGGACCUGCAAAGCCAGGAAGAAGAAUGGUGAUCCCUGUGCACAGAUUGUAAACUUGAAUGACUGUGAAUAUUGUCAGUAUCAUGUACAAUCCCAGUACAAGAAGCUCAGCUCAAAGCGGGCGGAUUUGCAGUCCACCUUCUCUGGAGGCCGUGUACCCAAAAAAGUUGCUCGGAAAAAUCCCAGUUUGAAGGAGAGGCUGUGUCAGGAUGGGUUUUACUAUGGAGGCGUCUCUUCAGCAGCGUAUGCAGCCUCAGUUGCAGCAGCUGCAGUGCCGAAAAGGAAGGUUCAAACCACUCUCUCCAAUUUGGUCGUGAGAGGAGUUGAUGCAAUUGUCCAGGAAACCAGGCAGAAAAUUGGUGUGGCAAAGAGACCUGCGCCAUGUUCUGAGGAGUUCAAAGAACUGCUGGCACAGCCAACCUUUGGAGCACGAAACCUCUGCAAACACUGGACCAAAGCAGAUGCUGAAAAGAAGCAAGGGGCCAAUUUCCAGUCUGUCUCUGCUUCAGCACUGCUCAGGCAACAAAAACAGAAACUGCUGGAGGCCAGAAAAAAGCGAUCUGAAGAGAUUCAGAGGCGGUUUCUCCAGAACACAAGUAAAGCUGGCAGCCCCACUCUUCCGUCCUCCUCCAGACAGUCCUCGCUCUAUUCACCAACACCUGGGGCAGAGUUUCCCAAAGCUGCAAAAAUGUCAACUCCUCAAAGGCCCAGGCUCGGCACAGGCUUCUCAGAAGGAGAAGAUAUCCUUUUCUUUGAUGGGUCUCCACCUCCAACACCAAAGCUAGACAGCUUGGCUGAAGCCAAAAAGCUAGCUGCAGUACACCGACUACGAGCAAAAGGCCAGAUUCUUGCUAAAACCGAUCCAAACAGUGUCAAGCGGAAAAGGUCUGAUCUUGGCGAUGUCCUAGAAAUUGCUGAAAGAGUUGAGAAAAAUGUUGCUCAGCCACAGGGUACAGAAGCAGGAAAUGAUAUGGGUGAACUGGAGCCUGCCCAGAAGAAACAGCGAGAGCAGCUGGCCUAUCUGGAAUCAGAAGAGUUCCAGAAAAUCCUGAAUGCCAAGUCCAAGCACACAGGUGUCUUGAAAGAGGCUGAGGCUGAGCUGCAGGAACAAUACUUUCAGCCACUGGUGAAAAAGGAAGAAAUGGAAGAGAAGAUGAGGAACAUUAAGGAAGUGAAAUGCCGAGUUGUGACAUGUAAAACGUGUAAUUACACCUAUUUCAAGCCUCUGGAGACGUGUGUGCGGGAUAACCAUGACUACCACUGGCAUGAUGGCCUCAAGCGAUUUUUCAAAUGUCCUUGUGGCAACCGAGCUAUUUCCCUUGACAGGCUCCCAAAAAAGCCCUGCAGUAUCUGCGGCCUCUUCAAAUGGGAGCGAGACGGGAUGCUGAAGGAGAAGAAAGGUCCAAAGAUUGGUGGAGAAACGCUUUUACCAAGAGGGGAAGAACAGCCAAAAUUCCUCAACAGUCUUAAGUGACCUGCGGUUGAUUUUUUGACAACACAGGGAUGCAUUUCUGUGUCUAAGCCACACAUUUGUUUACUGCAAAGCCAAGAGGAUUCUGGUUUUAGGGGUGAAUGAGCAGAGAAAUCAAUUCCGAUGAGAAGGACAUCCACAAAGUCUCCACCAGACCACUGCAUCAAUAUUCAGUUUUGAUCUUUUUAAAAUUGAUUGAAUAAGACUGCAUGUGAAAUACAUGUUUAUGCCUGUUCUAGUAAUAUCUUAUUCACAAGAUUUAGCCUAGGAAAGAGACAGCUAGUAUGGAAUUUGUACCAAGAAAUCCCUAGGGAUCCCACGUGUAAGUUGAAUGACUGGAGUAGAAUGACCCUACCAGAAUUUUAAGUGAGAAGCCAUCAUGAAUUGGGAAGACUGGCAUAAUGUCAGCCCAUCAUGCUGUUCCAGCUCAGCUAUGCCAAUGCUGGGAGGAAUUCUCUUGAAGCUAGUGGUGUACAGCUGCGGUGGCAUUCAGCUGUGGACAGUCACAAAGGUGCGCGAGAGGGUGGUACCCACACAGCACUGUUCAUUGCCUCUGAAACUGCUCACCUGGACCCUUCAGAACAGAUUUCAGGUUGUUGCUGAGUUGCCUCUGUGGCGUAUGUGUUCAGUAACACUCAGGCGGCUUUGGCAUUGCUAAUUAGCAGUGUGCAUGCUGCGGAUUAAUCAAAGCUCUUCUAAAAGCCCUCUCCCUACCACACAGCCUGGACUGGCUUCCCCACACUAUGUGCACUACAAUAUCUUUACAGCUACAAACCUGCAGCUCCAACUUUGAAAAAGGCAUUUUAAUGAAUCUGGUACUGUGUGCAAGUGAUUUUAAAGAGCUGAAAGAUUACAUUUGACAGCUUUUGCUAACAUUUUAAACUUUUUGGAAAUCCCUCUUGGUCAUCACCCUGUCAGCCUUGGAUGCUGGCACGGCAGCCUAGGAGACAGUAGCUGUUUCAGACCAAACGACGUGGUCUCCAAGAGGUGGCUCAGAAGGGCUGUCCUCAUACAGGCAGUUCUAUGAAAGCACAUCCCUGUAGGGAUGCUGGCUGCAUUCAUCCGUGUUUUCCUGGACCUGAGCCUUCUGCUGCCCCUAGCUUGUGCCUAGUAGGAUCAUAGGGUCUUUUAGGUACCUAAAUCCACUACCUCUAUGAUUUGGUGAAACUGCGCAAAAUGUAUCCCAUGUCUCAUUGUUGUAGAUACCUCAUGUCAGUACCAUUUGAUGGAGGAGGAGUCGCUGUUUGGUGACUGUAGAUAUGUAACUGAUAUUUUGCUUGAAAAUAUUCCCUGUUGCUUCCUCAUUCAGAAUAGUUUUAAAUACAGUGCACAAUAAAACACUGCCUGGA